AUGGCUGAUACAACAACCGAAGAAACGACACCAGCUGAUACAACAACUGAAGAAAUUACUUCAGCUGAUACAACAAAUGAAGAAACCACACUAGCUGUUACUACACCUGAAAAAACUACGCGAGCUGAUACAACAACAGAAGAAACUACACCGACUGAUACAACAACUGAAGAAACAACACUAGCUGAUACAACAACAGUAGAAACUACACCAGCCGAUACAACAACUGAAGAAACUACGACGGCUGAUACAACAACCGAAGAAACGACACCAGCUGAUACAGCAACUGAAGAAACUACUUCAGCUGCUACAACAAAUGAAGAAACAACACCAGCUGAUACUACAACAGAAGAAACCACACCAGCUGAUACAACAACAGAAGGAUCUACACUAGCUGAUACAACAACAGAAGGAUCUACACUAACUGUUACUUCAACUGAAGAAACUACAACAGCUGAUAGAACAACUGAAGAAACUACACUAGCUGAUACAACAACAGUAGAAACUACACCAGCUGAUACAAUAACUGAAGAAACCACACCAGAUGAUACAACAACAGAAGGAUCUACACUAGCCGUUACUACAACUGAAGAAACUACGAAAACUGAUCCAACAACUGAAGAAACUACGCCAGCUUAUACAACAACAGUAGAAAUUACACAAGCCGAUCCAACAACUGAAGAAACUACUUCAGCUGAUACAGCAAAUGAAGAAAUCACACCAGAUGAUACAAGAACAGAGGGAUCUACACUAGCUGAUACAACAACUGAAGAAACUACACCAGCCGAUACUACAGCUGAAGAAACUACGACGGCUGAUACAACAACCGAAGAAAUUACACCAGCUGAUACAACAACUGACGAAACUACGCCAGCUGAUACAACAACAGAAGAAACUACACCGGCUGAUACAACAACUGAAGAAACUACUUCAGCUGCUAGAACAAAUGAAGAAACCACACCAGCUGAUACAACAACAGAAGGAUUUACACUAGCUGUUACUACAACUGAAGAAACUACAACAGCUGAAACAACAACUGAAGAAACUACGCCAGCUAAUACAACAACAGAAGAAACUACACCGGCUGAUACAACAACCGAAGAAACGACACCAGCUGAUACAACAACUGAAGAAACUACACCAGCCGAUACAACAACCGAAGAAACUACGACGGCUGAUACAACAACCGAAGAAAUUACACCAGCUGAUACAACAACUGAAGAAACUACGACAGGUGAUACAACAACUGAAGACACGACACCAGCUGACACAACAAGUGAAGAAACUACUUCAGCUGAUACAACAAAUGAAGAAACUACACCAGCUGAUACAACACCUGAAGAAACCACAACAGCUGAUACAACAACAGAAGAAACUACACCGGCUGAUACAAGAACUGAAGAAACUACAUUAGCUAUUACAACAACAUUAGAAACUACACCAGCCGAUACAACAACUGAAGAAACAACGAUGGCUGAUUCAACAACCGAAGAAACGACAUCAGCUGAUACAACAACUGAAGAAACUACUUCAGCUGAUACAACAAAUAAAGAAACCACACCAGCUGAUACAACAACAGAAGGAUCUACACUAACUGUUACUUCAACUGAAGAAACUACAGCAGCUGAUAAAACAACAGAAGAAACUACACCGGCUGAUAGAACAACUGAAGAAACUACACUAGCUGAUACAACAACAGUAGAAACUACACCAGCUGAUACAAUAACUGAAGAAACCACACCAGAUGAUACAAGAACAGAGGGAUCUACACUAGCUGAUACAACAACCGAAGAAACUACACCAGCCGAUACAACAACUGAAGAAACUACGACGGCUGAUACAACAACCGAAGAAACGACACAAGCUGAUACAACAACUGAAGAAACAACUUCAGCUGCUACAACGAAUGAAGAAACCACACCAGCUGAUACAACAACAGAAGGAUCUACACUAGCCGUUACUACAACUGAAGAAACUACGAAAACUGAUCCAACAACUGAAGAAACUACGCCAGCUUAUACAACAACAGUAGAAAUUACACAAGCCGAUCCAACAACUGAAGAAACUACUUCAGCUGAUACAGCAAAUGAAGAAACCACACCAGAUGAUACAAGAACAGAGGGAUCUACACUAGCUGAUACAACAACUGAAGAAACUACACCAGCCGAUACUACAGCUGAAGAAACUACGACGGCUGAUACAACAACCGAAGAAAUUACACCAGCUGAUACAACAACUGAAGAAACUACGCCAGCUGAUACAACAACAGAAGAAACUACACCGGCUGAUACAACAACUGAAGAAACUACUUCAGCUGCUAGAACAAAUGAAGAAACCACACCAGCUGAUACAACAGCAGAAGGAUUUACACUAGCUGUUACUACAACUGAAGAAACUACAACAGCUGAAACAACAACUGAAGAAACUACGCCAGCUGAUACAACAACAGAAGAAACUACAUCGGCUGAUACAACAACUGAAGAAACUACGACGGCUGAUACAACAACCGAAGAAACGACACCAGCUGAUACAACAACUGAAGAAACUACACCAGCCGAUACAACAACUGAAGAAACUACGACGGCUGAUACAACAACCGAAGAAAUUACACCAGCUGAUACAACAACUGAAGAAACUACGACAGGUGAUACAACAACUGAAGACACGACACCAGCUGACACAACAAGUGAAGAAACUACUUCAGCUGAUACAACAAAUGAAGAAACUACACCAGCUGAUACAACACCUGAAGAAACCACAACAGCUGAUACAAAGACAGAAGAAACUACACCGGCUGAUACAAGAACUGAAGAAACUACAUUAGCUGAUACAACAACAUUAGAAACUACACCAGCCGAUACAACAACUGAAGAAACAACGAUGGCUGAUUCAACAACCGAAGAAACGACACCAGCUGAUACAACAACUGAAGAAACUACUUCAGCUGAUACAACAAAUAAAGAAACCACACCAGCUGAUACAACAACAGAAGGAUCUACACUAGCUGUUACUACAACUGAAGAAACUACACCAGCUGAUACAACUCCUGAAGAAACCACACCAGCUGAUACAACAAUAGGAGAAACAACACCGUCUGAUACAACAACUGAAGGAACUACACUGGCUGAUACAACAACAGUAGAAAUUACACCAGCCGAUACAACAACUGAAGAAACUACGACGGCUGAUACAACAACUGAAGAAACCACACCAGAUGAUACAAGAACAGAGGGAUCUACACUAGCUGAUACAACAACUGAAGAAACUACACCAGCCGAUACAACAACCGAAGAAACUACGACGGCUGAUACAACAAAUGAAGAAACCACACCAGCUGAUACUACAACUGAAGAAAUUACUUCAGCUGAUACUACAAAUGGAGAAACCACACCAGCUGAUACAACAACAGAAGGAUCUACACUAGCAGUUAUUACAACUGAAGAAACUACGACAACUGAAUCAACAUCAGAAGAAACUACACCGGCUGAUACAACAACUGAAGAAACUACGCCAGAUGAUACAACACCUGAAGAAACCACACCAGCUGAUAUAACAACAGAAGAACCUACACCGGCUGAUACAACAACUGAUGAAACUACGCCACCUGAUACAACAACAGAAGAAACUACACCGGCUGAUACAACAACUGAAGAAACUACACCACCCGAUACUACAGCUGAAGAAACUACGACGGCUGAUACAACAACAGAAGAAACUACACCGGCUGAUACAAGAACUGAAGAAACUACAUUAGCUGAUACAACAACAUUAGAAACUACGACAGCCGAUACAACAACUGAAGAAACAACCUUGGCUGAUUCAACAACCGAAGAAACGACACCAGCUGAUCCAACAACUGAAGAAACUACUCCAGCUAAUACAACAACAGAAGAAACUACACCGGCUGAUACAACAACUGAAGGAACUAUACUGGCUGAUACAACAAAUGAAGAAACCACACUAGCUGUUACUACACCUGAAAAAACUACGCGAGCUGAUACAACAACAGAAGAAACUACACCGACUGAUACAACAACUGAAGAAACAACACUAGCUGAUACAACAACAGUAGAAACUACACCAGCCGAUACAACAACUGAAGAAACUACGACGGCUGAUACAACAACCGAAGAAACGACACCAGCUGAUACAGCAACUGAAGAAACUACUUCAGCUGCUACAACAAAUGAAGAAACAACACCAGCUGAUACUACAACAGAAGAAACCACACCAGCUGAUACAACAACAGAAGGAUCUACACUAGCUGAUACAACAACAGAAGGAUCUACACUAACUGUUACUUCAACUGAAGAAACUACAACAGCUGAUAGAACAACUGAAGAAACUACACUAGCUGAUACAACAACAGUAGAAACUACACCAGCUGAUACAAUAACUGAAGAAACCACACCAGAUGAUACAACAACAGAAGGAUCUACACUAGCCGUUACUACAACUGAAGAAACUACGAAAACUGAUCCAACAACUGAAGAAACUACGCCAGCUUAUACAACAACAGUAGAAAUUACACAAGCCGAUCCAACAACUGAAGAAACUACUUCAGCUGAUACAGCAAAUGAAGAAAUCACACCAGAUGAUACAAGAACAGAGGGAUCUACACUAGCUGAUACAACAACUGAAGAAACUACACCAGCCGAUACUACAGCUGAAGAAACUACGACGGCUGAUACAACAACCGAAGAAAUUACACCAGCUGAUACAACAACUGACGAAACUACGCCAGCUGAUACAACAACAGAAGAAACUACACCGGCUGAUACAACAACUGAAGAAACUACUUCAGCUGCUAGAACAAAUGAAGAAACCACACCAGCUGAUACAACAACAGAAGGAUUUACACUAGCUGUUACUACAACUGAAGAAACUACAACAGCUGAAACAACAACUGAAGAAACUACGCCAGCUAAUACAACAACAGAAGAAACUACACCGGCUGAUACAACAACCGAAGAAACGACACCAGCUGAUACAACAACUGAAGAAACUACACCAGCCGAUACAACAACCGAAGAAACUACGACGGCUGAUACAACAACCGAAGAAAUUACACCAGCUGAUACAACAACUGAAGAAACUACGACAGGUGAUACAACAACUGAAGACACGACACCAGCUGACACAACAAGUGAAGAAACUACUUCAGCUGAUACAACAAAUGAAGAAACUACACCAGCUGAUACAACACCUGAAGAAACCACAACAGCUGAUACAACAACAGAAGAAACUACACCGGCUGAUACAAGAACUGAAGAAACUACAUUAGCUAUUACAACAACAUUAGAAACUACACCAGCCGAUACAACAACUGAAGAAACAACGAUGGCUGAUUCAACAACCGAAGAAACGACAUCAGCUGAUACAACAACUGAAGAAACUACUUCAGCUGAUACAACAAAUAAAGAAACCACACCAGCUGAUACAACAACAGAAGGAUCUACACUAACUGUUACUUCAACUGAAGAAACUACAGCAGCUGAUAAAACAACAGAAGAAACUACACCGGCUGAUAGAACAACUGAAGAAACUACACUAGCUGAUACAACAACAGUAGAAACUACACCAGCUGAUACAAUAACUGAAGAAACCACACCAGAUGAUACAAGAACAGAGGGAUCUACACUAGCUGAUACAACAACCGAAGAAACUACACCAGCCGAUACAACAACUGAAGAAACUACGACGGCUGAUACAACAACCGAAGAAACGACACAAGCUGAUACAACAACUGAAGAAACAACUUCAGCUGCUACAACGAAUGAAGAAACCACACCAGCUGAUACAACAACAGAAGGAUCUACACUAGCCGUUACUACAACUGAAGAAACUACGAAAACUGAUCCAACAACUGAAGAAACUACGCCAGCUUAUACAACAACAGUAGAAAUUACACAAGCCGAUCCAACAACUGAAGAAACUACUUCAGCUGAUACAGCAAAUGAAGAAACCACACCAGAUGAUACAAGAACAGAGGGAUCUACACUAGCUGAUACAACAACUGAAGAAACUACACCAGCCGAUACUACAGCUGAAGAAACUACGACGGCUGAUACAACAACCGAAGAAAUUACACCAGCUGAUACAACAACUGAAGAAACUACGCCAGCUGAUACAACAACAGAAGAAACUACACCGGCUGAUACAACAACUGAAGAAACUACUUCAGCUGCUAGAACAAAUGAAGAAACCACACCAGCUGAUACAACAGCAGAAGGAUUUACACUAGCUGUUACUACAACUGAAGAAACUACAACAGCUGAAACAACAACUGAAGAAACUACGCCAGCUGAUACAACAACAGAAGAAACUACAUCGGCUGAUACAACAACUGAAGAAACUACGACGGCUGAUACAACAACCGAAGAAACGACACCAGCUGAUACAACAACUGAAGAAACUACACCAGCCGAUACAACAACUGAAGAAACUACGACGGCUGAUACAACAACCGAAGAAAUUACACCAGCUGAUACAACAACUGAAGAAACUACGACAGGUGAUACAACAACUGAAGACACGACACCAGCUGACACAACAAGUGAAGAAACUACUUCAGCUGAUACAACAAAUGAAGAAACUACACCAGCUGAUACAACACCUGAAGAAACCACAACAGCUGAUACAAAGACAGAAGAAACUACACCGGCUGAUACAAGAACUGAAGAAACUACAUUAGCUGAUACAACAACAUUAGAAACUACACCAGCCGAUACAACAACUGAAGAAACAACGAUGGCUGAUUCAACAACCGAAGAAACGACACCAGCUGAUACAACAACUGAAGAAACUACUUCAGCUGAUACAACAAAUAAAGAAACCACACCAGCUGAUACAACAACAGAAGGAUCUACACUAGCUGUUACUACAACUGAAGAAACUACACCAGCUGAUACAACUCCUGAAGAAACCACACCAGCUGAUACAACAAUAGGAGAAACAACACCGUCUGAUACAACAACUGAAGGAACUACACUGGCUGAUACAACAACAGUAGAAAUUACACCAGCCGAUACAACAACUGAAGAAACUACGACGGCUGAUACAACAACUGAAGAAACCACACCAGAUGAUACAAGAACAGAGGGAUCUACACUAGCUGAUACAACAACUGAAGAAACUACACCAGCCGAUACAACAACCGAAGAAACUACGACGGCUGAUACAACAAAUGAAGAAACCACACCAGCUGAUACUACAACUGAAGAAAUUACUUCAGCUGAUACUACAAAUGGAGAAACCACACCAGCUGAUACAACAACAGAAGGAUCUACACUAGCAGUUAUUACAACUGAAGAAACUACGACAACUGAAUCAACAUCAGAAGAAACUACACCGGCUGAUACAACAACUGAAGAAACUACGCCAGAUGAUACAACACCUGAAGAAACCACACCAGCUGAUAUAACAACAGAAGAACCUACACCGGCUGAUACAACAACUGAUGAAACUACGCCACCUGAUACAACAACAGAAGAAACUACACCGGCUGAUACAACAACUGAAGAAACUACACCACCCGAUACUACAGCUGAAGAAACUACGACGGCUGAUACAACAACAGAAGAAACUACACCGGCUGAUACAAGAACUGAAGAAACUACAUUAGCUGAUACAACAACAUUAGAAACUACGACAGCCGAUACAACAACUGAAGAAACAACCUUGGCUGAUUCAACAACCGAAGAAACGACACCAGCUGAUCCAACAACUGAAGAAACUACUCCAGCUAAUACAACAACAGAAGAAACUACACCGGCUGAUACAACAACUGAAGGAACUAUACUGGCUGAUACAACAACAGUAGAAAUUACACAAGCCGAUCCAACAACUGAAGAAACUACUUCAGCUGAUACAGCAAAUGAAGAAACCACACCAGCUGAUACAACAACAGAAGGAUCUACACUAGCUGAUACAACAACAGAAGGAUCUACACUAACUGUUACUUCAACUGAAGAAACUACAACAGCUGAUAAAACAACAGAAGAAACUACACCGGCUGAUAGAACAACUGAAGAAACUACACUAGCUGAUACAACAACAGUAGAAACUACACCAGCUGAUACAAUAACUGAAGAAACCACACCAGAUGAUACAAGAACAGAGGGAUCUACACUAGCUGAUACAACAACCGAAGAAACUACACCAGCCGAUACAACAACUGAAGAAACUACGACGGCUGAUACAACAACCGAAGAAACGACACAAGCUGAUACAACAACUGAAGAAACAACUUCAGCUGCUACAACGAAUGAAGAAACCACACCAGCUGAUACAACAACAGAAGGAUCUACACUAGCCGUUACUACAACUGAAGAAACUACGAAAACUGAUCCAACAACUGAAGAAACUACGCCAGCUUAUACAACAACAGUAGAAAUUACACAAGCCGAUCCAACAACUGAAGAAACUACUUCAGCUGAUACAGCAAAUGAAGAAAUCACACCAGAUGAUACAAGAACAGAGGGAUCUACACUAGCUGAUACAACAACUGAAGAAACUACACCAGCCGAUACUACAGCUGAAGAAACUACGACGGCUGAUACAACAACCGAAGAAAUUACACCAGCUGAUACAACAACUGACGAAACUACGCCAGCUGAUACAACAACAGAAGAAACUACACCGGCUGAUACAACAACUGAAGAAACUACUUCAGCUGCUAGAACAAAUGAAGAAACCACACCAGCUGAUACAACAACAGAAGGAUUUACACAAGCUGUUACUACAACUGAAGAAACUACAACAGCUGAAACAACAACUGAAGAAACUACGCCAGCUGAUACAACAACAGAAGAAACUACACCGGCUGAUACAGCAACCGAAGAAACGACACCAGCUGAUACAACAACUGAAGAAACUACACCAGCCGAUACAACAAUUGAAGAAACUACGACGGCUGAUACAAGAACUGAAGAAACUACAUUAGCUGAUACAACAACAUUAGAAACUACGACAGCCGAUACAACAACUGAAGAAACAACGAUGGCUGAUUCAACAACCGAAGAAACGACACCAGCUGAUCCAACAACUGAAGAAACUACUCCAGCUAAUACAACAACAGAAGAAACUACACCGGCUGAUACAACAACUGAAGGAACUAUACUGGCUGAUACAACAGCAGUAGAAAUUACACAAGCCGAUCAAACAACUGAAGAAACUACUUCAGCUGAUACAGCAAAUGAAGAAACCACACAAGCUGAUACAACAACAGAAGGAUCUACACUAGCCGUUACUACAACUGAAGAAACUACGAAAACUGAUCCAACAACUGAAGAAACUACGCCAGCUUAUACAACAACAGUAGAAAUUACACAAGCCGAACCAACAACUGAAGAAACAACUUCAGCUGAUACAGCAAAUGAAGAAAUCACACCAGAUGAUACAAGAACAGAGGAAUCUACACUAGCUGAUACAACAACUGAAGAAACUACACCAGCCGAUACUACAGCUGAAGAAACUACGACGGCUGAUACAACAACCGAAGAAAUUACACCAGCUGAUACAACAACUGACGAAACUACGCCAGCUGAUACAACAACAGAAGAAACUACACCGGCUGAUACAACAACUGAAGAAACUACUUCAGCUGCUAGAACAAAUGAAGAAACCACACCAGCUGAUACAACAACAGAAGGAUUUACACAAGCUGUUACUACAACUGAAGAAACUACAACAGCUGAAACAACAACUGAACAAACUACGCCAGCUGAUACAACAACAGAAGAAACUACACCGGCUGAUACAGCAACCGAAGAAACGACACCAGCUGAUACAACAACUGAAGAAACUACACCAGCCGAUACAACAAUUGAAGAAACUACGACGGCUGAUACAAGAACUGAAGAAACUACAUUAGCUGAUACAACAACAUUAGAAACUACGACAGCCGAUACAACAACUGAAGAAACAACGAUGGCUGAUUCAACAACCGAAGAAACGACACCAGCUGAUCCAACAACUGAAGAAACUACUCCAGCUAAUACAACAACAGAAGAAACUACACCGGCUGAUACAACAACUGAAGGAACUAUACUGGCUCAUACAACAGCAGUAGAAAUUACACAAGCCGAUCCAACAACUGAAGAAACUACUUCAGCUGAUACAGCAAAUGAAGAAACCACACCAGCUGAUACAACAACAGAAGGAUCUACACUAGCUGAUACAACAACAGAAGGAUCUACACUAACUGUUACUUCAACUGAAGAAACUACAACAGCUGAUAAAACAACAGAAGAAACUACACCGGCUGAUAGAACAACUGAAGAAACUACACUAGCUGAUACAACAACAGUAGAAACUACACCAGCUGAUACAAUAACUGAAGAAACCACACCAGAUGAUACAAGAACAGAGGGAUCUACACUAGCUGAUACAACAACCGAAGAAACUACACCAGCCGAUACAACAACUGAAGAAACUACGACGGCUGAUACAACAACCGAAGAAACGACACAAGCUGAUACAACAACUGAAGAAACAACUUCAGCUGCUACAACGAAUGAAGAAACCACACCAGCUGAUACAACAACAGAAGGAUCUACACUAGCCGUUACUACAACUGAAGAAACUACGAAAACUGAUCCAACAACUGAAGAAACUACGCCAGCUUAUACAACAACAGUAGAAAUUACACAAGCCGAUCCAACAACUGAAGAAACUACUUCAGCUGAUACAGCAAAUGAAGAAAUCACACCAGAUGAUACAAGAACAGAGGGAUCUACACUAGCUGAUACAACAACUGAAGAAACUACACCAGCCGAUACUACAGCUGAAGAAACUACGACGGCUGAUACAACAACCGAAGAAAUUACACCAGCUGAUACAACAACUGACGAAACUACGCCAGCUGAUACAACAACAGAAGAAACUACACCGGCUGAUACAACAACUGAAGAAACUACUUCAGCUGCUAGAACAAAUGAAGAAACCACACCAGCUGAUACAUCAACAGAAGGAUUUACACAAGCUGUUACUGCAACUGAAGAAACUACAACAGCUGAAACAACAACUGAAGAAACUACGCCAGCUGAUACAACAACAGAAGAAACUACACCGGCUGAUACAGCAACCGAAGAAACGACACCAGCUGAUACAACAACUGAAGAAACUACACCAGCCGAUACAACAAUUGAAGAAACUACGACGGCUGAUACAACAACCGAAGAAAUUACACCAGCUGAUACAACAACUGAAGAAACUACGACAGGUGAUACAACAACUGAAGACACGACACCAGCUGACACAACAAGUGAAGAAACUACUUCAGCUGAUACAACAAAUGAAGAAACUACACCAGCUGAUACAACACCUGAAGAAACCACAACAGCUGAUACAACAACAGAAGAAACUACACCGGCUGAUACAAGAACUGAAGAAACUACAUUAGCUGAUACAACAACAUUAGAAACUACACCAGCCGAUACAACAACUGAAGAAACAACGAUGGCUGAUUCAACAACCGAAGAAACGACACCAGCUGAUACAACAACUGAAGAAACUACUUCAGCUGAUACAACAAAUAAAGAAACCACACCAGCCGAUACAACAACAGAAGGAUCUACACUAACUGUUACUUCAACUGAAGAAACUACAACAGCUGAUAAAACAACAGAAGAAACUACACCGGCUGAUAGAACAACUGAAGAAACUACACUAGCUGAUACAAUAACUGAAGAAACCACACCAGAUGAUACAAGAACAGAGGGAUCUACACUAGCUGAUACAACAACCGAAGAAACUACACCAGCCGAUACAACAACUGAAGAAACUACGACGGCUGAUACAACAACCGAAGAAACGACACAAGCUGAUACAACAACUGAAGAAACAACUUCAGCUGCUACAACGAAUGAAGAAACCACACCAGCUGAUACAACAACAGAAGGAUCUACACUAGCCGUUACUACAACUGAAGAAACUACGAAAACUGAUCCAACAACUGAAGAAACUACGCCAGCUUAUACAACAACAGUAGAAAUUACACAAGCCGAUCCAACAACUGAAGAAACUACUUCAGCUGAUACAGCAAAUGAAGAAACCACACCAGAUGAUACAAGAACAGAGGGAUCUACACUAGCUGAUACAACAACUGAAGAAACUACACCAGCCGAUACUACAGCUGAAGAAACUACGACGGCUGAUACAACAACCGAAGAAAUUACACCAGCUGAUACAACAACUGACGAAACUACGCCAGCUGAUACAACAACAGAAGAAACUACACCGGCUGAUACAACAACUGAAGAAACUACUUCAGCUGCUAGAACAAAUGAAGAAACCACACCAGCUGAUACAACAACAGAAGGAUUUACACUAGCUGUUACUACAACUGAAGAAACUACAACAGCUGAAACAACAACUGAAGAAACUACGCCAGCUAAUACAACAACAGAAGAAACUACACCGGCUGAUACAACAACCGAAGAAACGACACCAGCUGAUACAACAACUGAAGAAACUACACCAGCCGAUACAACAACUGAAGAAACUACUUCAGCUGAUACAACAAAUAAAGAAACCACACCAGCCGAUACAACAACAGAAGGAUCUACACUAACUGUUACUUCAACUGAAGAAACUACAACAGCUGAUAAAACAACAGAAGAAACUACACCGGCUGAUAGAACAACUGAAGAAACUACACUAGCUGAUACAACAACAGUAGAAACUACACCAGCUGAUACAAUAACUGAAGAAACCACACCAGAUGAUACAAGAACAGAGGGAUCUACACUAGCUGAUACAACAACCGAAGAAACUACACCAGCCGAUACAACAACUGAAGAAACUACGACGGCUGAUACAACAACCGAAGAAACGACACAAGCUGAUACAACAACUGAAGAAACAACUUCAGCUGCUACAACGAAUGAAGAAACCACACCAGCUGAUACAACAACAGAAGGAUCUACACUAGCCGUUACUACAACUGAAGAAACUACGAAAACUGAUCCAACAACUGAAGAAACUACGCCAGCUUAUACAACAACAGUAGAAAUUACACAAGCCGAUCCAACAACUGAAGAAACUACUUCAGCUGAUACAGCAAAUGAAGAAACCACACCAGAUGAUACAAGAACAGAGGGAUCUACACUAGCUGAUACAACAACUGAAGAAACUACACCAGCCGAUACUACAGCUGAAGAAACUACGACGGCUGAUACAACAACCGAAGAAAUUACACCAGCUGAUACAACAAUUGAAGAAACUACGCCAGCUGAUACAACAACAGAAGAAACUACACCGGCUGAUACAACAACUGAAGAAACUACUUCAGCUGCUAAAACAAAUGAAGAAACCACACCAGCUGAUACAACAACAGAAGGAUUUACACUAGCUGUUACUACAACUGAAGAAACUACAACAGCUAAAACAACAACUGAAGAAACUACGCCAGCUGAUACAACAACAGAAGAAACUACACCGGCUGAUACAACAACUGAAGAAACUACGACGGCUGAUACAACAACCGAAGAAACGACACCAGCUGAUACAACAACUGAAGAAACUACACCAGCCGAUACAACAACUGAAGAAACUACGACGGCUGAUACCAGAACCGAAGAAAUUACACCAGCUGAUACAACAACUGAAGAAACUACGACAGGUGAUACAACAACUGAAGACACGACACCAGCUGACAAAACAAGUGAAGAAACUACUUCAGCUGAUACAACAAAUGAAGAAACUACACCAGCUGAUACAACACCUGAAGAAACCACAACAGCUGAUACAACAACAGAAGAAACUACACCGGCUGAUACAAGAACUGAAGAAACUACAUUAGCUGAUACAACAACAUUAGAAACUACACCAGCUGAUACAACAACUGAAGAAACUACUUCAGCUGAUACAACAAAUAAAGAAACUACACCAGCUGAUACAACAACAGAAGGAUCUACACUAGCUGUUACUACAACUGAAGAAACUACACCAGCUGAUACAACUCCUGAAGAAACCACACCAGCUGAUACAACAAUAGAAGAAACUACACCGGCUGAUACAACAACUGAAGGAACUACACUGGCUGAUACAACAGCAGUAGAAAUUACACCAGCCGAUACAACAACUGAAGAAACUACGACGGCUGAUACAACAACUGAAGAAACCACACCAGAUGAUACAAGAACAGAGGGAUCUACACUAGCUGAUACAACAACUGAAGAAACUACACCAGCCGAUACAACAACUGAAGAAACUACGACGGCUGAUACAACAAAUGAAGAAACCACACCAGCUGAUACCACAACUGAAGAAAUUACUUCAGCUGAUACUACAAAUGGAGAAACCACACCAGCUGAUACAACAACAGAAGGAUCUACACUAGCAGUUAUUACAACUGAAGAAACUACGACAGCUGAAUCAACAUCAGAAGAAACUACACCGGCUGAUACAACAACUGAAGAAACUACGCCAGAUGAUAAAACACCUGAAGAAACCACACCAGCUGAUAUAACAACAGAAGAACCUACACCGGCUGAUACAACAACUGAUGAAACUACGCCACCUGAUACAACAACAGAAGAAACUACACCGGCUGAUACAACAACUGAAGAAACUACACCAGCCGAUACUACAGCUGAAGAAACUACGACGGCUGAUACAACAACAGAAGAAACUACACCGGCUGAUAAAAGAACUGAAGAAACUACAUUAGCUGAUACAACAACAUUAGAAACUACACCAGGUGAUACAACAACUGAAGAAACAACGAUGGCUGAUUCAACAACCGAAGAAACGACACCAGCUGAUACAACAACUGAAGAAACUACUUCAGCUGAUACAACAAAUAAAGAAACCACACCAGCUGAUACAACAACAGAAGGAUCUACACUAGCUGUUACUACAACUGAAGAAACUACACCAGCUGAUACAACUCCUGAAGAAACCACACCAGCUGCUACAACGACUGAAGAAACCACACCAGCUGAUACAACAACAGAAGGAUCUACACUAGCCGUUACUACAACUGAAAAAACUACGACAGCUGAUCCAACAACUGAAGAAACUACGCCAGCUUAUACAACAACAUUAGAAAUUACACAAGCCGAUCCAACAACUGAAGAAACUACGACAGGUGAUACAACAACUGAAGACACGACACCAGCUGACAAAACAAGUGAAGAAACUACUUCAGCUGAUACAACAAAUGAAGAAACUACACCAGCUGAUACAACACCUGAAGAAACCACAACAGCUGAUACAACAACAGAAGAAACUACACCGGCUGAUACAAGAACUGAAGAAACUACAUUAGCUGAUACAACAACAUUAGAAACUACACCAGCCGAUACAACAACUGAAGAAACAACGAUGGCUGAUUCAACAACCGAAGAAACGACACCAGCUGAUACAACAACUGAAGAAACUACUUCAGCUGAUACAACAACUGAAGAAACUACACCAGCUGAUUCAACAACGGAAGCAACUACACCAAUUGAUACAACACCAGAAGAAACAACAUCAUAUGAUACAACAACUGAAGACACUACACCAGCUGAUACAACAACAGAAGAAACGACACCAGCUGAUACAACAACUGAAGAAACUACACCGACUGACACAACAACAGAAGAAACAACAACACCAGCUGAUACAAUAACUGAAGAAACUACACCAGCUGAUACAACAACUAAAGAACCCACACCAGAUGAUACAACAACAGAAGGAUCUACACCAGCUGAUACAGGAACUGAAGAAACUACACCAGCUGAUUUAACAACUGAAGCAACUACACCAGUUGAUACAACACCAGAAGAAACAACACCAGAUGAUACAACAACUGAAGACACUACACCAGCUGAUACAACAACAGAAGAAACGACACCAGCUGAUACAACAACUGAAGAAACUACACCGGCUGAUACCAGAACAGAAGAAACUACACCGGCCCAUACAACAACACAAGAAUCUACACCAGCUGAUACAACUGAAGAUACUACACCAGCUGAUACAACCACUGAAGAAACUAUACCAACUGAUACUACCACAAAGGAAACUACACCAGCUGAUACAACAACAGAAGAAACUACACUGGCUGAUACAACAACACAAGAAACAACAUUAGCCGAUACAACAACACAAGAAACGACAACAGCUGAUACAACAACAUAUGAAACUACACCAGCUGAUAAAACAACUGAAAUAACUACACCCGCUGAUACAACAAAUGAAGAAACUACACCAGCUGAUACAACUACUGAAGAAACUACACUGGCUGAUACAGCCACUGAAGAAACUAUACCAGCUGAUUCAACAACUGAAAGCACCACAUUGAAGAAUGCCAGUACAGUGAUUCCUACAACAAUUAAAAUGCCUACUACGACUACUGUUAUACUUACUACUUCAGCUACUACUACAACUACUACUACUGCUACUAUUACUAUUACUACUGCUACUGCUACUACU